CAUAUUUGCAUAUCAGCCUUAAAAUUGUCAGAUAAUUAUUUCACGCACCUUGGUCUUUAAGCACCACAAAAUACUUUCACAGAAUUCUCCCUCUUCAAAAUUACAAAUCAGGAUCCAAGUUCAAAGAAGAAAGCUACUCUCGGCGAAGUGGGGAGAAGUAUCUCAGUAACAUCCCCAAUUUGCUAUAUUCGAAUGUUCGUCAUCUUCUAGCUUGGUUUCGCUUUCACGACAUCGUCAAUUCUUUCCUCCUUUCUUUCUUUCUUUCUUUCUUUCUUUCUCAGAUUAGAUAGAUAUGUCUCACAACAAUCACAUAACCACCGAUUCCCCGCUAUCUCGUCGCAUAGUUCGUUCCUUCCUGCAAUUCCUCAACUCUGUUGAACCAGGGCCUGGGGUUGAUGCCGAAGGGAUUGAGGUUGCUAGGGAGUGUUUGGCAGAGGCCUUUAAGCUAAACUCUUCUGGUGUAGAUGGUGAUCCGCAAUCUGAUUCCUUGAUUGACAUGUUCAAGAGCCUUGAAGCAAGAAAGCAGCGUGAAACUAUCAAGUCAGACCCUAGUCCUAUGGAUGCUUCUAGUUCAUUCUCUGACCAUAAUCCAUCAUCCUUUGCUCAAAAUCAUAUGAAGGAUCAAGAUUGGACACAGGGCACUGACAUUUUUGCAGCAUCCAAAGAUGAACUCUGUGGAAAAUUUUUUGCAUCUCUGGAGAAAAAUCACUAUUUUAGGGUGAAUCACGAUGGAACUGAUGACCCAAUGCAACUAGAGAAAGCAUCUUGUUUAUUUGAUAAUGCUUUUAAGGAGAUGGAAAAAUCUGGGUCCCCAGUAUUAAAUCUGAAGAAUUUGGCUGAAUCACUGAAAUCACUAGGUAACAAGGCAAUGCAAUCCAAGCAAUACCAUGAUGCAAUUGAGUUGUAUAAUUGUGCAAUUGCAGUGCAUGAAAAAAGUGCUGUUUAUUACUGCAACAGGGCAGCAGCUUACACUCAGCUUAAAAAAUAUGAUGAAGCAAUCCAAGAUUGUCUUAGAUCUAUUGAGAUUGAUCCAAACUACAGCAAGGCUUACAGUCGUUUGGGGUUAGUAUACUAUGCUCAAGGAAACUACAGCUUUGCUAUUGAUAAAGGGUUCAGAAAAGCCUUGCUAUUGGAUCCAAAUAACGAAGCUGUUAAAGAAAAUAUACGGGUGGCUGAGCAUAAAUUGCGAGAAGAGCAACACCAUGCAAAUCAUAAUCAGCUUAGUGUUAUACUCUCAGACUACUAUGCUUUUGUCCAUUGUAAUUCACAACCUACUGGUGCCACUGUUGGAAAUUCAGCCUCUACAUACUACACUUCACAAGUAAAUUUGUUAGGUUUCUCACUCCUUCAUGUUACUAGACAUCCUCCCAAGAACAUGAAUAUGAUGAUUGAAUCUCCUUUCAAUAACAAAAAACUUGUUGGGAUGAUGUUACAUAUUUUAUCUGCAGCUUGCAUGUGUGUCUUCCUUGCUUGGCAUGCAUAAAUUUGCUAACACUAACUGCAUAUGCUUAAUUUUAUGUAGCAUGUGCCAAAUGUAAUAACAUCCCCACUCAACUCUCGAAUAGGCCGUUAUCAACAUUCAACCAUAGGAGACUCCUAAUAAUUUCUUAUUUUGUGAUUCUGUUGGUUAGAUACACCAGCGGGUUUGCAUUUGAGCUUUACUGUUUGUUUGGGAGUUUCUUUAAGAAAUAAAGAUACCUUUCUUGAGAUGGGCAAUUGAAUCCGUUGGAAGUACCUUAAUUUCCAAAUAUCUUGUAUUUUGAAUCCAGAUGCUAACUUAUCCUUCAGAAUAUACUACUUGUUUCAGUGAUAAAAAAAGAAAAAAUUGACAAAAGGAUUUCAUUCAAUCAGACAAGAAUAGUAAAAGACAGAGGAUAAUAGUUGCUCUUUACGAGAGCAAAAAAACAACCAAAAUGAAAGUUAUCUAUGAAGCAUAGGUUGCCAAUCUCUCAACAUGUCUAAGAAGAAAAGUCUUCUAUGAAGAUCAUGGGUUUACACCAAAUAGAUUCCAGACAUCUAGUGAUCUAGUCUUGUCCUGUAAAACUAGCUUGUCAGAAAAUUUGUCAUAGGUGCAUACAAUUGCCUGAUCGCAAUGUCAUCCACAUAUCCAGACAGAAUCGAGAGUUUACCUCCUUGAGUGUGUUUGGAAAGGAUGGUAUGAUCAUCUUGCUUUUUCAUACUCCUUUGAUACCGUCGUAUUUAUGAACCUUCAAAAGUAAGAUGUGGAGCAAUUGCUUCAACGUGCUUUUCUUAAAUACAUUGGUUUUAUUCAUCGAUUGGAUCAGAGUUUAGAGGGAUCUCCACGUAGACAUCCUUCUCCAAGUCUCUCUGGAGAAAACAUGUUUCAUGUUAAACUUUUGCUAUUCCCAUACAAAGGGAGCAUCAAGAAUUAGUAAAAUUCUAGCAAUGUUUCAAUUCACACCAAUGAUGGUGUGUUUAACUUGCUAUGGUUUUUCUGAAUGCCGUGGUUAAUUGUUAGUUAUUUCCAUAAUAUCUAAUGUGUAGCAUUUUCCUGCACUUCAAGCAUUAGUAACUUAAAAUAUUUUUGCCGAAUUGGUAAUAUGUGUUCAUGAUACAUUUGUCAUUAGCAUUGUAAUGGUUGUUGCUCAAACAAGAUGCUGUAAUCUCUCUCUAUAGUAGCAGUUAUAGCAUUCUGAUGGUAGUUUCUUAAACAUGAUACCUGAAAGGCUGAAACUAAUCACU